AUGGAGGGGUGGUACAGGGGAGAAGAGGCAUCGUCUUCUCCCAUUCGCUUCCAUCGACGUCCGAUGAGAACCGUCUCUUACUCUUCCACCUCCUCCUCCGGCGGCGCCGGCGCCGGCGGCCUGAGGCCGUGGAUCAUCAUUAUGUUGCUCUCCAUAGUGGCGACGAUCUUCCUGCACUCCUGGCUCCCUUCCUCCGCCAUCAGCCUCCGCCCAAGCUUCGUCAAGAAUGGUUGGGACGCCCUCAACGUCGUGCUCGUCGUCUUCGCCGUAGUCUGCGGGUUUCUCGGCCGGCACUACCAUUCCGCCGGCGAGGAAGCCGAGAAGCCCUCCGUUUCGACGUCUCACGUCCACGGAGACUGGCUCGAUUCGAGCUACCGAGACGCGGGCAUGGAGUGGGGGCCGAAGAGGAGCAAGAACUUGUACACAGACUUGACGCAAGAGAGGAAUUCUGCCGCCGGCGACGGCCGGACCUUCUCCGGCGACGUCUCCCUACACGGCGACAGUGCAUCGGAGAAGGUCGUGGCUGGGGAGGAUGAGGGCAGUGUUUCUACGUCUCCGCCACCGCCGAGGAGGUCGAAUCAGAUGCUUCCCAAAGAGGAUAGGUUGCUCGCCCCGUCGACUCUGCCUCAGGGUAGGAAUCCCCGAAGGCUGCUGGAUAAAGAGAUGGGUGAGAAAUCCACCUUCAAACGUCAUCAGGAGUCGGAAAUGUCCCCGUCGCGGCCGCCACCGCUGCCACAACCACCGUCUCACCGGGAGGAGCAGAGCAGAGCCCACAAGAGGAGGAGCGGGGGAGCCAAGGACAUUGCAGCUUCUCUGGGGCAAUUCUAUCAGAAGAAGAAGAGAAGCAGCAGCAAGGGAGAAAUAAGCAACGACUCCUACAUCUCGUUCCCUCAGGCUUCCCCAUCGGCGCCGCCGGAGACGGCUCCGUGCCCGCCUCCAGCGCCGCCGCCUUCCUCCGUCAUCUUCCAGCUCUUCUCCAACAAGAGAGGAGCUACCAAGAACGAGAGAGUUUGCUCUGUCCCGGUGCCGGCACCUCUCCCGCCACCGCGUCCCUCCAGGAAUCCCUCCUCCGGGGCUUCGGUGCCUCCAGAAGCCAAGGAGAGUCUCCAUCGAUCCGGCUCUUUCUUUUUCUCACUGCCGCCGCAGCCGCCGGCGCAGCCGCCGCCGCCGCCGCCGCCACCACCACCGCCACCAGCUGAGAAGGUGGCUCCGAGGAGGAAGGGGCAGUGCCCGCCGUUCUGCCCGAGCCCAGACGUGAACUCCAAGGCGGAAGCGUUCAUCGCCAAUCUCCGGGCGGGAUGGCAGCUGGAGAAGCUCAACUCCGUGGAAGAGAAACAGCGGCGGCGGCGCCAACCGCAGCCAUCAUCAUCAUCGUGA